AUUACAUUCCGCUGGUCUGUAACUUUGGUGUUUUUUGGCUUUGUAAAAUAGCACGUGUGCUUUUCUGUUUACAUCUUAAGGUCACAUGAUGGAUCUAUAUUUAGACUGUGCACCAUAUUCUAUGACAGGUUGUAUUUUGAGACUUUCCCUCGUUAUAUAUUCUGUUUGAUGAUGGCGUUUGUUUUGAUAGUUUGGCCUUGUUAAUUCGGCUGUGCUUUCCUGUUUACUUUUUGCAGGAUGUGAGGAGUGAAAACAAAGGAACAACAUUACAACAUCGUAUGGUUACUGAUGUGACGACACAAGGACAACAUCGUAUGGUAACUGAUGUGACAACAAAACAUUACAACAUCGUAUGGUAACUAAUGUGACAACACAAGGACAACAUCAUAUGGCAACUGAUGUGACGACACAACAUCGUAUGGUAACUGAUGUGACAACACAACAUUACAACAUCGUAUGGUAACUGAUGUGACGACCCAACAUUACAACAUCGUAUGGUAACUGAUGAGACGACCCAACAUUACAUCAUCGUAUGGUAACUGAUGUAACGACACAACAUAACAACAUCGUAUGGUAACUGAUGUAACGACACAACAUAACAACAUCGUAUGGUAACUGAUGUGACGACACAAGGACAGCAUCGUAUGGUAACUGAUGUGACGACACAACAUUACAACAUCGUAUGGUAACUGAUGUGACGACACAACAUAACAACAUCGUAUGGUAACUGAUGUGACGACACAACAUAACAACAUCGUAUGGUAACUGAUGUGACGACACAACAUCGUAUGGUAACUGAUGUAACGACACAACAUUACAACAUCGUAUGGUAACUGAUGUGACAACAAAACAUUACAACAUCGCAUGGUAACUGAUGUGACGACACAACAUUACAUCAUCGUAUGGUAACUGAUGUGACGACACAAGGACAGCAUCGUAUGGUAACUGAUGUAACGACACAAGGACAACAUCGUAUGGUAACUGAUGUGACGACACAACAUUACAUCAUCGUAUGGUAACUGAUGUGACAACACAACAUAACAACAUUGUAUGGUAACUGAUGUGACGACACAAGGACAACAUCGUAUGGUAACUAAUGUGACGACACAAAAUCAUAUGGUUACUGAUGUGACGACACAAGGACAACAUUGUAUGGUAACUGAUGUGACAACACAACAUUACAACAUCGCAUGGUAACUGAUGUGACGACACAACAUUACAUCAUCGUAUGGUAACUGAUGUGACGACAAAAUAUUACAUCAUCGCAUGGUAACUGAUGUGACAACACAACAUCGUAUGGUAACUGAUGUGACGACACAACAUCACACCAUCGUAUGGUAACUGAUGUGACGACACACCAUCGUAUGGUAACUGAUGAGACAACACAACAUUACAACAUCGUAUGGUAACUGAUGUGACAACACAACAUUACAACAUCGUAUGGUAACUGAUGUGACGACACAGUAUCGUAUGGUAACUGAUGUGACGACACAACAUUACAACAUCGUAUGGUAACUGAUGUGACAACACAACAUCGUAUGGUAACUGAUGUGACAACACAACAUCGUAUGGUAACUGAUGUGACGACACAACAUUACAACAUCGUAUGGUAACUAAUGUGACAACACAACAUAACAACAUCGUAUGGUAACUGAUGUGACGACACAACAUUACAACAUCGUACGGUAACAUCGUACGGUAACUGAUGUGACAGCACAAUGACAACAUUAGAAAAGCAUAUGACCGACGUGACACCAAAAGUACAACAUUAUAAAUAUGUGUGAUGGCUGAAGGAAAAUCAGAAGAGGCCUCAUCCUUAAAGGGCAUACUUUAUGAAACGACAGAUGAUGGGAACUUAUCCAACCAGACCUUAACGUUUGAAGAGGUUUCAGAGGGGGGCACAUCGAAGGAAUGUGGGAUACAAAAGGAGGAACCAGAAGGAGCCAUUUAUAAACACGGAGAAGCAGACAUGUCAGAAUACGAGUUAGCGUGGAGAUGGACUAAAGACCUAAUUAAGAAGCCGUCUAAAGAAGUCAUUAAAUUAAUGAAAGACAACCCGGGUCUCAUAAGCCAACGGAUAACCAUUGAAUGUAAAGAUGGGUGUACUUGCUCCAGCAAUUUUGAAAGACUCGAGUUUGAUGCAGCUUUGUCCAGGAACGACACUCUUCUACACCUCCAGACUUUAAUAGAACGCGGACAUUGUCCUCACUUGUUCGUAGAUACAGUCGUCUCUAGUCAUAAGGACCUAAAACCAUCGGAAACAACAACAGUCAAAACACUUGUCAGAGCACAAACUGCUAAUAACAUUGUCAGGAGCAAACAACCUUACCAUGACCAAAGUGCCGACACGGUUCUGGCGGGAAUCACUGCCUUCCAUAUUGCCAGUAUAUUUGGAAAGAUCAAGAUUGUUGAACACAUUGUUCUCGUGCUCGAAGAAAUAAACCGGUACAUUGUGGAGUGUGAUGAGAUGAAAACCAAUGUGCAUAAAUAUGAUCCAUAUUACUUGGCAGUGUUCCAUCGACAGGACCAGGUACUGCGGCUACUUGGUUCCUUUAUCAGUAUAUCCAUGGCCCGUUCUUUAAUGUACAAAAAAGUCCUGCAAAACAGUGUUCGACUAGCCGUUAAGGACGACAACAUCAGGUCUUUGAAGAUUCUCCUUUCGGCAUGUCACUGUAAAUAUGAUUAUUCCGCACCCCAUAGAGACAUCCACUCGGCUUUACAUAUUGCAAUCAAGAACCUCCGUGUCAGGUGCUUGAAAUAUCUGUGUGAGAAAGGAACUGCGAUGUCAUCCGCUGGGUGUUUGGAUGAAUUUUUCUCAUGCUGGUGUCAAAAGAAGGACGAGUCAAUCAGUGAUAUGUUUUUACGAGAGGACAACACGGUUGUGGAAGAGCUCUUUCGAUUAGGAGGUGUCAAAUGCCGCCAGAUUCUGCUUUUUCACGCUGUAUUUUACGAUAAUAUUGCGGUGACAAGCUUCAUUCUUAAGAACUACAAAAAAAUGUUAUCGCAGAAAAGAAUAAACUUAAGAAUAGGAAUUCCAGUCAUCAUUCAGGCCGUCCUCAACAACUCCACAAGUAUACUGGAGAUCUUGCUCCAAAGUGAUUAUGUUUCGGCUAACAUAACAUACAAAGAGUAUUCGGCGCUUGACUGGGCCCGUGCGCUUCAAUUUGAUCAGUGCGCAUUGCUGUUGGAAAAAGCGGGUGUACCGCAUAACAAGGAUCUUCCCCUACUGAUGCUGUUCGAGGAGAACAUCGCCAGUUUCUACCAUAGUAAAUCUGUUCUCGUUCAUAGGUUACUACAACAAGGAAAGGACAUCAACGCCGAGUCAGUGAGCGGGAAAACCGCGCUGAACGCCGCAAUUGAGACUCAAACCUACUCGGUGGUGCGUCAGCUUCUCAUGGCCGGGGCUGACCCCUUCUCUGGCCAAAACUCUCUCGGGUACUUCAUGUCGCGUAGACUACUAGGGGAGCUCCUUUAUGCAAAUGUUGAUAUUUUGCAAAGACGCACUGGGGUGUCGGUUAUUCAUAAACUGCUUUUUUCAUUCCCAAGUUUACACUGUCAACUGAUGCUUAUAUUAAACCAUGCGCACACGAUCUCUAAAUCUGACUUAAAACUAUUAAACUCGUUACAUGACAGUAAGAUCGUGUCACGUGACAUAUUAGACCAAAUAGAUAAUUACCUUGAAACGCCGAGGUCUCUCGUUCUGAGGUCACGUGAUGUAAUCCGUAGACAUUUUGGAUAUAGGAUACACGACUUUGUCCGAAUUUGUUAUCUCCCAACUCAGAUCAAAUCCAUAUUAACACUAGAUGGAAUCUUGGACUCGCUCUUAUAGCGGCCUUUUAGUGACUAGAACACCAAAGGUUUCAGUAAGUAAAAGCACAUUGACCAAUUACGGAUAAGUGUGAUAUGUGAACAUCAUGCAUGUUUAUGUUAUCAAAAUUGUUACAUUAGGGAGGGCUCUCAUCAGCAAGGAAUUUGAAGAUCUUGUUUGAAAACAAUGGCAGAUCUCUUUUUCUUUUCUUUUUUUCGGGUGUUGCACUUUGAGAAACAUUAACUUUAUGAUUAACCGAUUAACUUCUGUUUAAAUGAUUAUUUUGAAUUUAGUGAACACAGAACAUUUGUCCACUGGCCGCCAUCUUGGAUCACAUAAAGUGAUUUUCGUUGAGAUUAUUGGCUCGCAGGACAGGCGAACUACUUGGAAGACACAAAACAAACUACGGGAUUAGUCGUUAUCAAUAGAUAAUGAACUUGCAAGAUUGAGAAUUAAGGUAGAUAUAUGUGAUAUCAACAAUUUUACAAUAGUAAAGAGCCCCCCUAUAUGCUACAUAUGCGAUGCUGUUUUAUCUGGUGGCAGCGAGUAUAAAAGAUCUCACUUGAAUCGAGAGAAGUUUGGUUGUGUAUGUUCGUUUCAGCAAAAGUAAAACAAAAAAAUAGAUCUAAUAGUUUGAAAAAUAAUCUUAAUUUACACAAGUUGAGAUGUUUUUUUCUACGAAUACAUUGUUUAAAAAACACACACGUGAAAAGCAACUUUAUAUAUCAGAUUUAAUUACCAUGGUAUCUGAUCAUUAUAUGGCGAGUUAUGAUAUACAAGUGUCCCCUCAGCUGUUUCGUUCUUCUUUGACUUGCCAGUGAUGAUACCGGCUUAAAGGUGUGCCAACCGAGCAGGGAAGUCAGGAAAAUGAAACACUGGGCCUUUAAACAAAUGUUAAUACAUAGUUGGGUAGGAGUUUCAACCUCAUACUUUCACCAGUUUUCGUAAUUUUUUUUAUAUUGACCAAUUCUAAAAUAAAACUAAUGUGUAUAUUCUGAACCGGUGCCAUCAUUCGAGGAAGUCUGCAUGACAGCAAAUGCCUGGGACUUAACAACCACCAGCAGAGCUUAUCAUCCAAAAAUCACAAAAGUGACAGUUUGAUGUGAAUUUAGUAAUAGCUACAGUUUAAACAUAAUAAUGAUUAUAAAACUGCAGUAUACUGCUGGUCCCUCUGUCUAGGACGCGUUAGGGAUGUCAGUUACCAAAAGUGUGGAUUUCCUCAAUAAUAUAAGUCGGCUUGCUAUGUAUGGGAAUCCGGAUGAGAGAAUAUUCUAUGUUUAUUCUAUAUUUUAUGUAGCGAUCGUAAUAACAAUAUCCAUCAGAGGGAUACAGACGCCUACAUCGAUUAUAUAAUUUAUAAUUAACCUUACUUCAAGCGAAUUAAUGAAUAUAUUCAGUCAGGCUAAUUUGAUGAUUCUUCAGUAAAAAGGAACUGAACUCAUCCGAACAAACUUUUUACGCCAUGCAGUUCAUUGCUUUUCACGUUCCAUAUGCUUUGUAGUGUAUGACUCUAAGGAAGAUCAAUAUUAACUUGGCUACUACCUGAGUUUUGAUUGUCUUAUUCACAUUACUCUUCCGAAUCCGCGUUAAAGGAUAUUGAACACUUUUUUUAUUUGCCUGAUUUAUUAGCACUAUAAUAGUUUCAUACACGUUAAAUCAACUGAAAUGUAACACUACACAAUCAAUGACGUUUUUUUUAAAAAACGUUUUUGUAACUGUGGAUUUGUCAAAUCUGAAAAAGACGAUAUAUUUUUUGAGGCUGGGGGUAUAGACAAAUAUCACUAUUCGAAGGGCGACAAAUUGUUCUUUAACAUACAAAGUAAUUGAAUAUUAUAUACUAUCUUUAUGAAUUUACUAUGUUAUACAGAAUAUAGUUAUAUUAAACAAGGCAUGAACCACAUUUCGCUCUGACAAACAAAAAUGCUCAUUUAAAAAAAAUAAUGCAAAAUUCAGUCAGUGGUCCGAGUUUAGUGAUCGUAUUAUGCGAUAACGGAGGAGCAAAUUGAACAACAUUUGAAUGUUCUAUAAUCGUUUACGUUUUGACACUCAUAUCGAUAUUUCAUCUUUGGUAUCAUAAUAAAUGAAAAAUAUAGAUCUUUUCCUCCGAAAUUAAAUGAAUUGAAUUGA